UGAGUGAAAGCGGAGCAAAGCAGAGGGACCUGCUGGAGAGAGGAAGAGGAGCAGCCCUCCAUCCUUCAUUCUUUCCUUCCGUUUUCUUUUUUUGUCGUUGCCUUGUGAAAAAAAUGUAAUCACAUGACAUCAUAACCAUGAGGACGUCGCUUCUCUACUCGCCUCCUUUUCGCUUGAACGACGUCGACGCGGCGGAUACGCUUGACGCUAGCUAAACAACACUGCUUUUUCUUUUCUUUCUUUUCCCCACAUUUUUUAGGUCUCAUUCUUCCAUCAUCUGAGAGUCCAUAUCCGUCUGUAUAGGGUGAAUAAUUUACUUCUUGUAAAUAAGUAUUUUUUUUUUAUUUUCUCAUACGAUGUGCUGCAAAGAACAAAGAUGCAAUUACCCGCCUGACAAAAUCAAGGUGCCUGAGACCACUAUCCAGGAGGUCUACAUCGCCAACAUCCCAGACGGCAACAGGAUGACCUGUUGCCGGAACUCCGUUACCAUGUUUUUAUUCAUCUGAAUGGCCGCCAACCGCCGUUGGAGCAUGAGCACAUAUCGCAUUGCCUUAUACCUGAGAUAACGCUCAUUAUCCUUGCUCGAGCGUGCUCCGUCUACCCAGGAUCCGUUCUGAUCAAAUUGUUUUGGAUCCGACGGUCAUGCAGGGGAACUUUGGGACCAAAGUGGCAGCUUGGGAUUUGAUUGGAGCCCCCGUGUGUCUCCCAGAGACCCAAUGCAAAGAAAGGUGAACCGCAUGCGCUGUAGUAUUCUUCUCCAUCGGGAUAUCGACCACAAGGCCGUCGCGAUGAGCGCAUGAUUGCAACGGCGCCGCGCCAUCUUCGUCGUGGCCGGCGGUCGUCCGCCGCUCGUCGUCCUCGGCCAUGACCCGGCUGAUGUUGGGCCGAACUCUGGAGCGCAUCUGCAAGGGCGUCCUGUUCCUUUGCCUGCUCCACUUCCUCAUCAUGAUGAUCCUCUACUUUGAUGUCUACUCGCAGCGCUUCGACCUCUUCAGCCGCUUCAACAACGUGCGCAACGGCUCUCGUAACAACGCCAGCGGACAUCAUUUCUACUUUUACAACAUUUCCAGGCUCAACGCUACCGCGGCUAGCUACCUGGCCACGGGCGAGCAGGCGGGGCCCACCGCGCGACCGCACGCAAAUCGGCCGCCUUCGCCCAAGCCCCUGCCGCCAUGUCCUGAAAACCCCCCUGGUCUGGUGGGCCGCCUGUUGAUCGAGUUCAGCUCCCAGAUGACGAUGGAGCGCGUGCAGCGAGAGAACCCCAACGUGACGGAGGGAGGCCGCUACACGCCCCCUGACUGUCGGCCUCGAUGGAAGGUGGCCAUCAUCAUCCCGUUCCGUCACCGGGAAAACCACCUGAAGUAUUGGCUUCACUACCUUCACCCCAUUCUGAGACGUCAGAGGAUUGACUACGGCAUCUACAUCAUCAAUCAGUUGGGUGAGGACACGUUCAACCGCGCCAAGCUGCUGAACGUUGGCUACGCGGAGACGCUGAAGGACGGCGACUACAACUGCUUCAUUUUCAGCGAUGUGGACCUGAUCCCCAUGGACGACCGAAACCUGUACCACUGCUAUGAGCAGCCUCGACACUUUGCCAUUGCCAUGGACAAGUUUGGCUUCAGGUUGCCCUACGCGGGUUACUUCGGGGGGGUGUCAGGCCUCAGUAAAAAACAGUUCUUGAAGAUCAACGGCUUCCCCAACGAGUACUGGGGCUGGGGAGGGGAGGAUGACGAUAUCUACAACAGGAUCACUCUGAACGGGAUGAAGGUGUCCAGACCUGAUGUGCGCAUCGGCCGCUACAGAAUGAUUAAACACGAGAGAGACAAACACAACGAGCCCAACCCGCAAAGAUUCAAUAAAAUCCAAAACACCAAGAACACCAUGAAAAAGGACGGCAUCAGCUCGCUCACCUACCGACUGGUGCAGAUCAAAAGGUACCCGCUGUACACUAACAUUUCAGUAGAGAUCGGAAAACCGCCGCCGCGGCCUUUUAAGGGAUAG